AUGGAAAUAAUAUUACUGCUCGAGAGUGAUGCUAUUAAUAAUUAUGGUUCUGUAGCUACUGCUGCUGUUGUUAUUGUUAUUGUUGUUAUUAUUAUUGUUGUUGUUGUUAUUGUUGUUGUUACUGUUGUUAUUGUUGUUGUUGUUAUUGUUGUUGCUGUUAUUGUUGUUGUUACUGUUGUUAUUGUUGUUGCUGUUAUUGUUGUUGUUGUUGUUGAUUUGAUGUGGGUUGCAAAAAUAUCAACUCUUUUGUUUCACUUUUCAUUAUUUAGCGCAGUUCGCAAACCUGUUUUUCGGAGAAAUUGUCGAAUGAAACAUCAUCCACGGACUUGUUAA